AUGGCCAGCAGUCUGGAGCAGCAGAUAGAGGGUGUCCCCAGUGGAGAGCCAGGGAGGUCUAUGUCAUCUACCUCCUAAGAGAAAGGGUCCUGGUCACUUUGAUGGCCCUACCUUUCUCCUCAUCUCUCACACCUCUUUUGUGCUUUCUGGAGAAGUCCUGAGCUUGGAAGAAGAGGGGAAGGGAAGUAGAGGAAACCCAGGAAGAGAAGAUCAGAGAGGUGGCGAGGAACUGGAGCUGAUCGGACUCUCUCUCUGGCAGGUAACCAACCAAACGCUGUCAAACCUCAGAAACUUGACCCAGUCAGAAAGAUGUCUGGACGCCAGGUGAGCCGUUCUAACACUUACAACCGCUUGAGCCAACCCAACAACAUGUCCUUCCCUCCUCGAACUCCAGGCUGGACCCAGUACCCCAAUAUGAACAACGGCAAGGGCCUGCGUAGCCGGCUUCCAAGCGGCUCCGAGUCAAGCACUUCCGGCCACUUGGAGCAGUCCUUCAACUCCACCUCCCCAGGACUUCAAUUGGGGAAAAUCUGCAUGGGCCGCCCCUACAACUCCAGGUGUGUGGAGACAAGUCACCUGAUGAGAGGCCCGGUGGUCAAAAAGCCCACUUGUCAUCGUAGCAGCCCUCACUGCCUGAUCUGCACAGACCGGCCGUCAUGCCCCUCUAGCCCUACCUUCCUGGACCAACUCAUCAAAGGCAUCAGUUACCUGGACAGAUCCACCAACGUUUUCAACAACAGCAGCUACCCCAAAGCGCUGAGCUUGCCUCAGCUGGCAGCCACCUACCUGGAAAGAGCUGCUAACUCCCUCUACCUGGACCAAACGGAACGCCCCCCACCCCGCAGCUACUCCACCCCCAGCACUAGCACCGCCACUGCCAAUCACUCCCCAGCCAGCAAUUGCUUGGUCCCUUCCACUAGGGACACCAAAACCCUGCAGUGCCUGGGAGGUUCAACUGCUUUGAGCUACCAGCAACGGCCUAACCACCAGACUUUCAACGUCGAGAUGCCUCAGAGGCCCGGGGUAAAACUGCCAGAGAUCCCUCUGUUUGGCAAUGGGUUCUUCUCCUUAGGUCGUCUGCCCAAGUUCUGGGAAGCAAUCCGCUCUGGAUGGAAUGCUCCUGUGCCCACCCCUAAGCCCGAGGGCUGGUGGUGACAUGGAUGCCAGCUUUGUCGAGUGGGCACAUGGCCACAGUGUGGAAAAUAAAUUAUCAUAAGAC